AUGAUAGCAAGACGAUUAAGAAAUUUUGGAAGUUGGUUCCAUCCAUUCCUCUUUGUAAUGGUAAUGGGGACUGGUAUUUCUGCAGAUUUACUUUUUGAAUUCCCUUAUGAAGCAAGAUGGUUAAAGAUAUGCUCUUAUCCCAUGUUUGCAACUGCUGUAUUGCUAUUCCUAUAUCUCCAAUUAAUGGGUAUUGUUCAUUUUAUAUUCUAUGUGAAGGAUAAAUCGUUUAAAGAGUAUGUGGAUCAAUUUAUUAGAAACGUUACGAUAAGUACUGGGUGGGGGACAUAUCCAAUGGGUCUUUCGACCAUUAUAAAUUAUUUAUAUCUAUUGGCGGAACACAGAAUUGAAAGUAAAAUAAAAGCUAAACGUGUAAUGAGAUUGGUUUACGUAUUAUGGUGGUACGACUUAGCGUUAGCAUUAUUAUGUGCAUGGGGGAUUUCCUUUCUCAUUUGGCAGAGACACUUUAUGGGUCCAUUGGGUAAACACAGAUCACAUCAGGAGAAAGUAAUGUCUGAACAUCUAAACAGUACACUUUUGCUGAAUAUUAUACCAUUGGUAGUGAAUAGUUCAUCCAGUGGAUUAUUUACCAUGACAGAUCUUUUUUCAGAAACUUUUAACAGAAAUAUUCAAUUAUUGACACUUGUAAUUACGGUAUUGGUUUGGUUGCAAGCCCAAGGAUUUGUCGCCAUCUUAUUUGUCAUCAAUUUUUGGAAUUUCUAUGUCAAUAAGUUACCUGCCAUGAUGCAAGCCUUUACGACCUUCUUGUUUUUGGGCCCCAUGGGUCAAGGGGCAUAUGGUAUUAACUUGCUCACUGAAGACAUUAGGCUUUAUGUGGAAAAAUACUAUAACGGUAAUAAUGGAAAUGUUAACAAUAAUAAUUCUGAUCUACAAAGGCAAAUUUUAUUACUCGCAGUACCAUGGUCAUUUAAAAUCAUUGCGCUAAUGUUAGCAUUCUUACUACUGUCUUUUGGUUAUUUCUUUACCGUAAUUGGCUUUACAUCGUUGUCAUCACAUUGGAAAUCAGCGGUAGAAAUUAAUGUUGGCUCCGGAAUUAAGCGUAGGAGAAUAUGGCAUUUCCACAGAGGUUGGUUUGCAAUGACUUUCCCCAUGGGAGCCAUGUCGUUGGGUACCUAUAGAAUUUGGGUCCUUUACAAUGAUUACGUGCCCAUGAAGACUUUUAGAGUUUUGGGAACCAUCUACGCAUCGAUCUGCAUAAUCUGGACCCUAGUGUGCCUCUCCGGUACAUUUUAUCACUCUGUAAUCCCCAGAUUAAAGAAAAUAAGAAUUCGUCGUGAUCAUCGUAGUUCUACAUUGACUGAGGAUCAAUUACAAGAGGAGUCUAAAUUCGAUACCACAAAUUCAAAUUUCCAUGAAGAUAAUUCAUCAAGACUAGUUUAG